GCUGCAUGCCGGCUUCAUGCAUGGCUUCACCGCCAGGAAGGGGAAGCCUGUCCUUCAUGUCCAGGAGUCCGCCGCAGUGGCGGCUGCAGUGAAGUCAUUGGCAUGCAAGGCAGCAGCGGAGAUGUUCCUGCUUUUAUUUCUCCUUCAGGAAGUGUCGAGAUGCCGCUCUCAAGUUGACCUGACCUACUUCUGUCCUAUGCAGUCCCGCCCUGAGAGGACACCGGACCACCCUCCGCCCCCGCCCUGCAGCACCCGGACUCCCCCGAAAGGUGCAGGCCUCGCCCCCGCAGCAUGACCGUGGCCACGGGCGACCCCUCCGACGAAGCGGCGGCGCACCCGCUGGACUACGACCCGGAGAGCGACCACGAGUGCUGCGAGAGGGUGGUCAUCAACAUCUCGGGGCUGCGCUUCGAGACCCAGCUGAAGACCCUCUCGCAGUUCCCCGACACCCUGCUGGGGGACCCCAAAAAGAGGAUGCGGUACUUCGACCCGCUGAGGAACGAGUACUUUUUCGACAGGAACAGACCCAGCUUCGACGCCAUUUUGUAUUACUACCAGUCCGGGGGCCGGCUGAGGCGGCCGGUCAACGUCACGCUGGACAUCUUCUCGGAGGAGAUCCGCUUCUACGAGCUGGGCGACGAGGCCAUCGAGAUGUUUCGGGAAGACGAGGGCUUCAUCAAGGAGGAGGAGCGCCCUCUUCCCGACAACGAGUUCCAGAGACAGGUUUGGCUGCUUUUCGAGUACCCGGAGAGCUCCGGUCCGGCCAGGAUUAUCGCCAUCAUCUCCGUCAUGGUCAUCCUCAUAUCCAUCGUCAGCUUCUGCCUGGAGACUCUCCCCGUCUUCCGCAAUGAUGAAGACGGGAUGCACAAGUCUCACGCCGAGAUCUUUUCCCCGGAGACCAACACCACCGUCAUCAGAUACACCUCCACCUACUUCACCGACCCUUUCUUCAUCCUGGAGACGCUUUGCAUCAUCUGGUUCUCCUUUGAGUUCCUGGUGCGCUUCUUCGCCUGCCCCAGCAAAGCAGGCUUCUUUGGAAACCUCAUGAACAUCAUCGACAUCGUGGCCAUCAUCCCGUACUUCAUCACGCUGGGCACGGAGCUGGCCGACAGUCCGGACGACGGCCAAGCGGGACAGCAGGCCAUGUCUUUGGCCAUCCUCAGGGUCAUCCGCCUGGUGCGGGUCUUCCGCAUCUUCAAACUCUCCCGUCACUCCAAGGGGCUUCAGAUCCUGGGCCAGACCCUCAAAGCUAGCAUGAGAGAGCUGGGCCUGCUCAUCUUCUUCCUCUUCAUCGGCGUCAUCCUCUUCUCCAGCGCCGUGUUCUUCGCCGAGGCCGAUGAGCCGCAGUCUCAGUUCGAGAGCAUCCCGGACGCCUUCUGGUGGGCCGUGGUGUCCAUGACCACGGUGGGCUACGGCGACAUGGUUCCCACCACCAUUGGCGGCAAGAUCGUGGGCUCCUUGUGCGCCAUCGCCGGCGUGCUGACCAUCGCCCUGCCCGUGCCCGUCAUCGUGUCCAACUUCAACUACUUCUACCACCGCGAGACGGAGGGCGAGGAGCAGGCGCAGUACCUGCAGGUCAACGCGCCCAAAGCCGACUCGUCCGAGGAGCUGAAGAAGAGCCGCAGCAGCUCCACCGUCAGCAAGUCGGACUACAUGGAGAUCCAGGAGGCCGUCAAUAACAGCAACGAGGACCUCGGCGAGGAGAACCUGAAGACGGCCAACUGCACGCUGGCCAACACAAACUACGUCAACAUCACCAAGAUGCUGACGGACGUGUAGUCCUGGGCAAGAACCAGGCACAGGAACUCUGAAGGAUCUUCAGCUCUUUGCAUGGAGUUAAUUUUUUCUAAGAAGAAUAUUCAUGCCAAUAAUAAUAAUAAUAGCGCACAAGAAAAGAAGAAAGAAGUCAGCACUUUAGUCUCUUCAGCCCUCACUUCCCAGGGUGCACUGCUCUGCACAACAACACACCAUCAGGUGCAAGUCCAUGGGCACCAGGUGGUUCCACACCUUUCUCACCUUUCACUGCUUGGCUCUUAAUGUUCACCACAGAGGACAACUUGAAUGUUUCUUCUCUGGCACUUCGAGCCACAGACUUGUGAUGCAUGUUGGUAGUUUCCCCACACUGCCGCCUACAGGCUUUAUGCAGUACAACAAGCUGGGCACACGCUGUACGCAUUCUAGAACCGAUAGUCUAGUGAAAAUGUUUGGGCCAAAAUCUAUGCAUGUUAAAAAAACAAAAAAAACACCAGAUCUUUUUAUUUUUAUUUUUUUUUUUACAUAUUUUUAAUGUAAUAAAUGUACUUGAAAAUGAUGUAUGCAAAUCUAGAAAAGUACUCACAAACUGCAAACCUCCAGGCCAAAUCCUUUAAAACCAUCCUGAAUCCAGACAGUCAUCCAGAUCCUGUUUGAUCCGACUUUGCCUGUAACUUUUUCAGUUAUGUUGCUAGAAAAGGCGGCUAAAGGGAACAUGUCCCACUUUUUGUCCCCUGCACUGUUUAACCUUAUCCAAUGGAAGCAAGUCAAACACUAGAGCCAGGCGGAAAAAACGGCCUCUCAGGCCACGCUUGUCCCUUUAGCCCACAAGAUCUUUGAUUGGCUUUUUGGUUGGCUGACGGCAGAUUAGAGCGAGUCAGGAGCAAGUUAGCCAAAUAAAAAAGAAGAAGAGUCUAGUGCUCCCACACUGCCUCCUGCAGGCUCUACGCAGUACAUCAAGCUGGGCACACGCUGUACGCAUUCUAAAAAUGAUAGUGUAGUGAAAAUGUUUGGGCCAAAAUCUAUGCAUGUUAAAAGAUCUGGGUUUUUUUUUACAUAUUUUUACAUGUAAAAAAUGUACUUGAAAAUAAUGUAUGCAAAUCUAGAAAAGUACUCGCAAACUGUAAAAAAAAAUCCUGAAUCCAGACGGCCAUCCAGAUCAAUUGUUGCCAUUUCCUGUUUACUCCUACUUUGUCUGUAACGUUUUGAGUUAUGCUGCUAGAAAGACUGCUAAAGUGCACCUUUGACAAGGGAACAUGUCCCGCUGGUUAACCUUAUCCAAUGGAGGCAAGUCAAACACUAGAGCCAGGCGGAAAACACCCUCUCAGGCCACGUUUGUCCCUUUAGACUGCCCACAAGAACUUUGAUUGGCUUUUUGGCGCGGCUGGCGGCAGUUAAGAGCGAGUCGGCCUCCACACGACUAAACCAUUCAGGAGCAAGUAAGGCAAAUAAAAAAGAAGAAGAGUCCAGUGCUCCCACACUGCCGCCUACAGGCUGCUACACAGUACAACAAGCUGGGCACACGCUGUACGCAUUCUAAAAAAGAUAGUUUAGUGAAAAUGUUUGGGCAAAAAUCUAACCUUGAUGGGGAAAUGUAGAACCUUACAGAGCUUUUCUGACUGUUUUGUGUGCAUGUAGCUACAAUGCUAACUAGCUGUGUUCGUCCAUACAUUUCUCUCUCUACUGUGUACUUUUUAAUGUACACACUGUAGUACACACUGUAGUACACACCGUAGUACAGGCUAUAUGUCCACAUAGGACAACCAAACAAUGAGGACACAAACAUUAGCAUAGCUCCAUAGCUACAUGCUAACGUAACUCUCACAUUUUAGCAGCAUCAUGCUAGGCUAUCAACUUCAGAUCCAUACAUUGAUAUUACAUUAUUGUUCUUUUUCUAUAUUUCAUACACUUUUGCUCCAACAAACCCUCAGAAGUCAAAUACUUGAUGUGAAGUAGUUGUAGUUGUAGUUGAAGUAGUUGGACGUUGACAACAUUGAUUUGGAUUCAGUAUUAUUCUUUUAGGAUUGACUGUUUGAAUACAAUUGAAAAACAACAACAUUAGAAGACCCUUAGAUCAUAAAAGUGUUAAAAGUAAGUCAUAUAUGAUUAUUAGGGACUGCAAUGUACCUUUGGGACAGAGGACCCUAUUGUAUUUUGUGUGUUGUAUUCUUUAUUAUUAUACCGCCACCUCUUUGAGCUGUAAUUUGACCCCCUUAACAUACUUCAAAACUCACCAUAUUUGACACACACAUCAGGAAUGGCGAAAAUUGCGAUCUAAUCAAAAAACCAAACCCCAAAACUCAAAAUUGCGCUCUAACGCACCCUAGGAAGAAAACACAGACACAACUGCUCCUAGGAGGAAAACUCUGACAAAACUACCUGGACAUGAAACAAAAACCUCUAUGUAGGUCUCACUUAGACCUAGAUGUCAUACACUGACAUCCUUCAGCAAAAAUCUACAGGAAGUUUGCAAUUCUCCCUUCAAAACAAAUUUGUAGUAAAAACAGUCACUUAUGCCUCUUUGAGCUGUGAUUUGACCCUCUUAACAUGCUUCAAAACUCACCAAACUGGACACACACAUCAGGACUGGCAAAAAUUGCGAUCUAAUAAAAAAAUAAAUAAAAAAAAAACUCAAAAUUGCGCUCUAGCACCCCCUAGGAAGAAAACACAGACACAACUGCUCCUAGGAAGAAAACUCAGACAAAACUGCCUGUAACUUCCAGUAGGAAUGUCGUAGAGACAUGAAACAAAAACUUAUAUGUAGGUCUCACUUAAUUGUAUUGACAACCCCCAGCAAAAAUCAACAGGAAGUUUGCAAUUACCCCUUCAAAACAAAAGUUUUGUAAAAAAACGGUCACCUUUUUUCAAAAAUUAUCUCCUCUGAGCACGUUUGUCGUGUCGGCUUCAAACUAGCACAGGGGAGAGAUUGAACCCUUUUGAUUAAAAGUUGACAAAAGAGUUUUAAUUACUGCUCCGGUUUGGAUUUUAUGAGCCUUCAAAGUCGGUCCCGUCCAUCGCUGUUUGCAGCUUUAAUUAUCUUUUGUUUUUUUUAUUUCAAUGCUUAAAUCUGUCUAUCAACUUCAGAUCCAUCCAUUGAUGUUACCUUUUUGUUGGUUUGUUUCAUGUUUUUGUAUAUUUUAUACACUUUUGGUCAAACAAAAUGGUCAGAAGUCAAAUAUUUCCUUAAAGGGGAAGUGCACUUUUUGGGGGGAAUGUGAGCUAUUAUUCAUAAUCUUUAUGAGAGACAAGAACACAUUUGUUUUUUUUAUUUGAUUUGAUGUAUUCCAACUUGUAAUCAGCCCAUUCUAGGAGGCUAGCAAUGGUGCUAAUGGGCAUAAUCCAUUUAGCCUCAAAAUCACUAAAAAGCAACAACAAUACUUUAUUUACAUGUUGUGAGCUGAAUAUUAACUGUGAGCAAUGUUGUUAUUAGAAGUGCUAACGCAGACAAAAAAAAAUAUUUUUAGCGUGGCUGUGAUGACAGAGCGCUAACUAGCUUGCAUCUUUAUCACCUCUGAUUGAAUUAGAGAUUCUAAAUCAUGCCUCUCACCUGGAUAGUAGAAUUUAAAAGUUGUUCAUCUGUGACAUGCGACCGAUGCUCGAUGAUAGCGAUAAAAAAGACGCUUGUCUUUUUAUUUAAACCUUGAAAAUUAUUAUAAUGAAUAUUUCAUGUGAAGGGGAAGAUAUAAACAUCCCAUCAGGCUUUAUCCCAGUGAGAGCAGACAUUGUACAGUAAGUGAUUGUUGCGUUACGUUCGUAUUGCUUCUCUCACACUAAGCAAUACUUCAAUAAGGAGAUAUGAUGCAUGUUAAACAUUGUGAUUGUCUCACAUGAGAUAUAAUGCGUUAAACAUUGUGAUUGUCUCACAUGAGAUAUAAUGCAUGUUAAACAUUGUGAUUGUCUCACAUGAGAUAUAAUGCAUGUUAAACAUUGUGAUUGUCUCACAUGAGAUAUAAUGCAUGUUAAACAUUGUGAUUGUCUCACAUGAAGAUUGUCAAAGAUAAACAACCCUUAGUUCUUCCCCUUUAAACUUUUUGAAGGGUAUGAAAACAAUUUGGAAUCUUUGUUGUUGUUGUUGUUGUUGUUGUUGUUGUUGUUGUUGACAUCUCUCAGACGUGCGUCCUGCAACAACAAGUCAACAACAUGCGAGGUGUAAAUGUUGAGCAGCUUCAAAGAAGUCAAAAGUCUCAUCUUGUUUCAUCAAAAUGCUUUCAAAGAGGUCAGUUUCAAAAAAACCGACUUGAGCAAAGAAAGUAAAAAAGUCUUUAAAAGAUGAAGGACUUGGUCAAGAUGUAACAUGAACUUGGUGAAGAUGGAACAUGAACUUGGUGAAGAUGGAACAUGAACUUGGUGAAGAUGGAACAUGAACUUGGUGAAGAUAGAACAUGAACUUGGUCAAGAUGUAACAUGAACUUGGUGAAGAUGGAACAUGAACUUGGUGAAGAUGGAACAUGAACUUGGUGAAGAUGGAACAUGAACUUGGUCAAGAUGGAACAUGAACUUGGUGAAGAUGGAACAUGAACUUGGUGAAGAUGGAACAUGAACUUAGUCAAGAUGGAACAUGAACUUGGUCAAGAUGGAACAUGAACUUGGUGAAGAUGGAACAUGAACGUGGUGAAGAUGGAACAUGAACUUAGUCAAGAUGGAACAUGAACUUGGUCAAGAUGGAACAUGAACUUGGUCAAGAUGGAACAUGAACUUAGUCAAGAUGGAACAUGAACUUGGUGAAGAUGGAACAUGAACUUGGGGAAGAUGGACCAUGAACUUGGUGAAGAUGGAACAUGAACUUGGUGAAUAUGUAACAUGAACUUGGUCAAGAUGUAACAUGAACUUGGUGAAGAUGGAACAUAAACUUAGUCAAGAUGGAACAUGAACUUGGUCAAGAUGGAACAUGAACUUGGUGAAGAUGGAACAUGAACUUAGUCAAGAUGGAACAUGAACUUGGUGAAGAUGGAACAUGAACUUAGUCAAGAUGGAACAUGAACUUGGUCAAGAUGGAACAUGAACUUGGUGAAGAUGGAACAUGAACUUGGUGAAGAUGUAACAUGAACUUGGUCAAGAUGUAACAUGAACUUGGUCAAGAUGGAACAUGAACUUGGUGAAGAUGGAACAUGAACUUGGUGAAGAUGGAACAUGAACAAGUCCUCGCGUGUCAUAGAGGGACAACAAGAAUGUUGUGAGAGAACUAGUCUCGUACUGACCUAGGACCAACCAGGAACAGUUUCAGAGGUGCUUCACCUUCCCACUGAGCUCAAAGUAUUCCUAGUUCAAAUCCAUGUUCCCUUUUUAAAAGAAUAAAUGUCAUUAAUCAGUGCCUCCACACUAACGACACCACUAGAUCUUUUUACAUGUCAAAAAUGUACUUGAAAAUAAUGUAUGCAAAUCUAGACAAGUAAUGGCAAAUUGCAAACCUCUAGCAGGACUAGUCCUUUAAAACCAUCCUGAA